GCACGCCUAGUAGACAUUCAAUAAGGAUUGACUUGACCACGCCUUUAUCCCGCCCCCGACUCUGCCCCGGUUGCUUUUUCUUCAUUCUUUUGCUCUGGAGCUUUUAAACCCCAGGCGGCCACCGUAGGUGAUUGUAGCAAAAUGGCGUCCUUUGUGUUAGGGAGAGCUGUGAGAGCCGCCUCAGGAAUCUUACGGCCUGUGAAUAUUUUGGCAUCUUCAGCCUAUCGAAACAAUACCAAGAAUGCCUGUCUCCAUUCUGCACUGUUCACUGGACAUUUUAGUCUUACUCACAUACCAGUUGUUUCUUCUGCUCCCAGACUUGUCACAUCUGUCAGAAAUCUGACAUAUGGAUAUACUGGAAUGAUCCUUAAUAGAAACUGGUAUGUUGAUGAUCCUUAUCAGAAAUAUCACGAUCGAACAAACCUGAAAGUAUAGAUCAGAAGUUUUUAAUUGUUACUGAAUCUGUAUCUUUGUAUACAUGAUGUCUUUGCAAAAAUGACAUGUAAAAACUUAAUGUAAGUUUUACCAUCUGAUAUGUAAAGAUAGAGUACAAAUGUGCAAUUUAUGAGAGUUUUAACUGAACAGAUUAAACAUUCCCAUAUUUGGUUAAGGAACUAGACGUUUAAAAUUGUGCAUUAUUUUUAACAAAUGGUAAUGGCUUCACUAGAUGUUCCAAUUAGGCUUAUUUAGAAAUCUCAAA